AUGGCUAAGUCAGUGUAUAAAAUCAUUCUUCAGGACCUGUGUAAUAACCAGGGCAGCUUGGACUUCAGGACCUUAAAAGAGCACAUUUCUCAGCAUUUCACUGUAGAUGAGGAAUUACUGCGAUCUGUUUUGUUUGACGAUGAGAAAAUCCACAUACAAGAAGGGAAAGGAAAGAUCAGCUCUGGAGAAGUCAGCCUGGACAGUCUGAUCAUAGCAAAGACCAGUUUACGUUUGUGUCGAGACAAAACAUGUCAAGAAUGUGACAAGUUACACCUGUGCAGAUAUUACGUGUGUGGAAACUGCACUUUUGGAGAUAAAUGUAAAAAUCCUCACAGUGUGACGUCACCUCACAAUGCCAGGAUUUUGGCCAAAUGUGAGCUCAAAGAUCUCACAGACAAGCAGCUGUUUCAACUUUUACUGCAGAAUGACUCCUUCCUGCUUCCAGAGAUCUGUUUCCACUACAACAAAGGGGAAGGAGACUGCAGCUUUGGCUCAAAGUGUAAAAGAGCUCACACUAUUGAUGCUCAGGGGAUGAAGCUGUUCAAACAGUACAGUAAGGAGAAUAUUACAAACCUUUACCUGAUCUACAGAAACAGACUCCUCAUUCAGGACUACCAGCCACGGCCUGCGGCUGUGUUGCCAGAAGUGAGCUGCCCAACUCCAGUGUCUCCUUCAAAAACAAUGUCUCCUUCCAAAAAAAUGCCUCCUUCCAAAACAGCGGCUUCUCCGCCCAAACAAACCAGCAGAGCACCACCUGCAGCGAAAGGUGUGAGUGAUGCGGCCCGCGAUGAAAUCUGCCUGUUUUUCAUCCGCAGAAACUGCUCAUAUAAUGAGAGAUGUGUCCGUGUUCACUGGCACCUGCCUUACAAAUGGGAGAUGAAGGAGAGUGACGGGACUUGGAAAACCAUGGACGACAUGGAGAACAUUGAAAAGGCUUUCUGUGAUCCAUCAAAGAGCACCAGCUGCCCUGAUGAAGUGACUACGCCCUCUGGCAUAUUCAGAUUUCUUAACCUUCAAAGUUAUUCAGCCCCAGCCGUUGGGAGUGUUGACUUUAUAGAAAUGAUUAAAGGAGCAUCUCCAGUUCGUCGUCUGUCCACUGCUUCCUCUGUGUCCCACCCCCCAAACCACAUCUUAACCACACAGUGGCUCUGGUACUGGAAGGAUGAAUAUGGUGUAUGGGUGGAGUAUGGGAAGGCUGAUGCUGGAGCGACAGCCUCCAUCACCUCUCAAACUCUGGAGAAUAUUUAUCUCGCAAAAAUAAAUGAAGAGAUUGAAUUUACUACAGGCAACCAGAGAUAUAAGCUUUACUUUAAGGGGGGGCAUGGACUGCAAAUGUAUCAGCAAAAUUUAAAAUCCAACACCAAAAGAGAGGUGAGAAGGCGACCUCACUUUGUGUCUGCUCAUGAUGUGGAAGCAAAGCUCAACAGUGACGGUGGUUCACAGAGCAGCGCCAGUGCAUACUCAGUGCCUCCUAACUGGGAUCCAAAGGCGCUGGUUGAUGGGGGACACAAGCUUGUUCCACUUGGAGGCUCGACCAGUGAAUACUCUAUGAUUAAGAAACUGUUCAUGCCGACCAUGCCCGAGAGUACUAUCACCAGCAUAAAGAGGAUCCAAAACCCCGAUUUGUGGAGGGUCUUUCAAUGGCAAAAGGAGCAGAUGAAAAAAAGGAACGGUGGCAAAUCUGUGAAUGAGAAGCACCUUUUCCAUGGGACAGACAAGGGCCAUGUUGAUGCGAUAUGUGACCAGAACUUUGACUGGAGGAUGUGCGGUGUCCAUGGUACAGCGUAUGGCAAAGGGAGCUACUUCGCCCGGGAUGCUUCAUACUCCAAUAAAUAUUCUGCCACCGGACAACGGAGCAAAGUCAUGUUUGUGGCUCUGGUGCUGGUUGGAGACUACACCCAAGGCCACAGUCAAUAUGUCCGUCCUCCUCCUAAAGAAAACAGCACAACGCUUUAUGACAGCUGCGUCAACUCCGUGACAAACCCCAGUAUCUUUGUCAUUUUUGAGAAGCAGCAGAUCUAUCCCGAGUACCUAAUAGAGUAUAUCUGA